AUGAAAGGUGGUUCAGUGCUGAUCUCUCUGCUGAGCUGCAGGACCAGCGGAGCCUCUUUGACUGUGAGUCCCAGCAGCUCUCAGCUGUUUGAAGGAGAGUCUGUCUCUCUGAGCUGUGAGGAGGACGACAGCUCUGCUGGAUGGACGCUGAGGAGGAACACAACCAGAGGAACCAGGACUCAGUGUGGAGCUGGCUGGGGAAGAUCAGCUGGUUCUUCCUGUAACAUCAGCUACAUCGACCCAGUGGACAGUGGAGUUUACUGGUGUGAGUCCAGUAACACCAGUAACACCAGUAACACCAGUAACACCAGUGGACCAGUGAUCCUGCAGAGUCCUGUCCUCCCUGUGAUGGAGGGACAUGAUGUCACUCUGCACUGUAAAACAAAGACCCCUCCCUCCAACCUCCCAGCUGGUUUCUAUAAAGAUGGCUCCCUCAUCAGGACUGAGCCUACAGGUCACAUGACCAUCCACCAUGUUAACAAGUCUGAUGAAGGCCUCUACAAGUGUAACAUCAGCGGUCGUGGAGAGUCUCCAUCCAGCUGGAUCUCUGUCACAGUGAAACCCACCACUACAAGUCCUCCUUUAACCCCCUCUCCUCCUGGUUCCUCCUCUCCUCCUCCCUCUGUAUUGUGGUUGGCCGCUCUAUCUUUCUCUGUUCUGGUUGUUCUGGUUUUACUGGUUCUACUGGUGAGACGAUGCCUCCACAGGAAACCUAAAGAGAGUGAUCCAGCUGCAGUGAGAGGAACAGGAGAUGUCAGUUAUGAACAAAUAAACUUCAGACCACACAGGAUGAAAGAGUUUCCAGCAGAGCCAGAGGUCGUCUACUCUUCACUGAGGUAGACCUUCACACCUUCACACCAGUCCAACCACUGAUGUCCAGCUGGCCUGGAACUGGUCCCCAGAGCCCCUCACACCUCAGCACAUCCAUUUAUUAUGUUUCACUGUUAAAG